UUCCCUCUCGCUCUCUCACUCUUCCGCUCUGUGCGUGCGUGCGUGUGUGUGUGUAAAGGCCAAAGAGCGCCCCACCGCCUCCCCAGCGCCGCGCCCCCUCUCGCAGAAGAUUAAAUUGGGUAAAAAAGAAUAUAUAUCCUGCUCUUUUAGAAUUUACCUGUGAAAGUGAAAACGUGACAACACGAUAAAACGAACGAGGGAAGCAAAACAAAAAACGAGUGCAUAAAAAAACAACAACGAAAGGAGAAGGAGAAGAAGAACAAGUGCAGCAAUUCUGAAAAAAAGAGAGAACGGAACAAGAACACAAAAAAAGUAAAAAUAAUCAACGAAGGAAGGGCACGGAAAAGAAAAAACAACAGCAGACAUUUACAGACUUGGAAGCGCCGACACUUGCUAUUUGGUUAUCACACACAGCUAUGCUUUUGCAGUAUUCGUGCUAAAUUGUUUACUAUAAUGAAUUCCGCGCGGCAUCAUCGUAUUGGAGUAUUUCUGUCUCCAUAAGUUGGCCACUAAUUAAAUCAAACUAAAUAUAAAUAUAAUCAUAAUAAUAUUACGGAUACGUAGAACACCGAAAAAGGCUCGCAAAUUGAUUGCCAAACGACGGAAAGCAAAGCACUGCAAAGUAAACGGCCAUCUAGUCAAACGGAAACAACGAAGGAAAAAUUUUUGUAAAAAAAAAACAUCUGCCUGGAGUGAAGCCCGGUCUCGAGUGGAGACAAACCCAAAUCAAAACUUGACAGAGGACCCGGAGCGACCGCAAAGCUGGCUAAGAAGAUGCCAUACCAUCGGGGCGGAGAUGCCUCUUCCCAGGCCGACAAGUUGAGCGGCAUCGUGGAGGAGAGCGACCUGUACGAGGGGUUCGCCCCGCAUGUCGAGACGUCCGAGAUCAAAACCCUCGACUUUUACAAUCUACCAAAGCAAACUGGCAAAGAGCCGGCACUGCGCUCCUACACCGAGAUCCAACAGCUGUUGCAACAGGGCAAGAAACGUGACGUGAAGAACAUACUCAGGGAGAACUCGUGGCCCAUCAACUCACCCAUCCGAUCCCAGCUAUGGCCGAUGUUGUGUGGCCAGCACCAGACCAAACAGCAGAUGCUGGAUGGCUUCUACUGGGAGAUGGUCCACCAGGUCUUUGGCACCACGGAGCUAUCGGAAAAGCCGAUCAUGCUGCCCGCCUUUGUGGACGCCACCCACUGUUUGCCCUACCACUUGACCAGCACGGGACGGGCCGUGGCCGAUCGCAUCGUGAAUGUCCUGGGCUACGACUGCCCCGAUAUUACCUACAGUCCAGUAUUGUAUCCAAUUACAUCGAUACUUUUGCAUUUCAUGUCGGAGGAGGAGGCAUACAUGUGUUUGGCCGGUCUGGUGGGCAGCAAGGAGAAGGUAUUCAUCAAUCAAACCAAACUACAGCAUGAGGUCACCUGGAAGACGGUGAUGCAGAUAGCCAAAAAGCACACGAAAAGUGCAACUUCGUAUUUCCAACGUAUUUGCCCGGGCCUGAAGCUUGAGCGCAUCUUCAUGGACUGGUGCUGGUGGAUUCUAGCGGGUCUACCCUUCCAGCAUCUGGUGCGGAUCAUGGACUGCUACUUCCACGAGGGCAUCAAGGUCCUGUACCGCGUGGCCCUCGUCAUACUCAACCUGUUUCACAAGGAGUGCCAGUCGAACAACGAAUGGAGUCCGGAUAAUAUUAAAAACGACAUUGGCAACGCGCUGAUCAAGUUCUGCAAGAAGAUACCAGUGUCGCCGGCGAAGCUGCUCCAUGCCGCGUUUAGUAUUAGGGGACUGAGUACCCAGUAUAUUUCUAGAAUAUUUAUCAAGACUGAAAUGCUACUAAAAAGCCGUUCCGUGCUUACCAGCGGUUCGAAGCAAUUAAUCAAAUCGCGUUCAAGUGAUAAUCUGCCCACUAGUCAGUCGCAGGUCAACAUCCAAAUGAUGUCGCACACCUUGACCAUCCGAGAGAAGCUGCACUCCGAGAGCUGUCGCAAUUUGGGCGAAAAGUCGCCCGGUCAUAGAGCCAUCGCAAUGGGCGUUUAUCCCAUACACAAUCUGAAAAGUCAAGCUUGUAAGAACGAAGAUCAUUUUGGUUUGCCGGGCACAAAGAAUUUCAUAAAAACCUGGACGGAUAGACAAUUUCUGUUCACGCUGUGGUCCUGGCUGCCCGUGCGGAUAACAAUGUACCAACCGGUGCUGCUAUACACCACUGAGGAGCACGGCUGCUCGCUGACCACGUUCUACGUCCGGGUGGAGCAGCACGAGCCCACGCUGCUCAUGAUCAAGACGUGCAAUAAUGAGGUAUUCGGGGCCUACUGUUCCUCGCGCUGGUUUGAAAGGAAUGUAAAGGAUGACAAGGGCCAGCGACAGGCCUACUUUGGCACCGGCGAAACCUUUUUGUUCUCCCUAUAUCCAGAGCGAGCCAAGUACCCAUGGGUCGGCAUUGAGGGCGACAAGGAUCUGGGACACAGUUCCGAGCUGUUUAUGGCGGCCGACUCAAAGAUGAUCACCAUUGGUGGCGGCGAGGGCCAGGCCAUCUGGAUGGACGAGAACAUACGCUUUGGCAAGACGGACAGCUGCAAGACCUUCAACAAUCCGCCGCUGUGUCCGUCGGGCGACUUCGAGAUCCGGGUGCUGGAGGUCUACGGCUUCGUGGGCAUCUAAGAGAACCUCUCCUCAGUCUGACCGAUAUUGCCCGCCGAUGAUCAAGUGCUCAGCAAAACCUGCUCGACCUUCCCCCCGCGUUUCCUACACCCACUCAAACACCUUCAGAUUGCUUUCGCUUCCG